AUGCCUGUACCGAAGAAGGAUGACAGAUCUGGCGGGUCAGGUCGUGUGCAAAAUGGGAAUCGAUCCGGAUUUCGUACCGACACCGCCAUCUCGAACAGCCGCUAUGGCAACGAACGAACCCUGAAGGCCUGGGUUCCCGAUAACGCCGAUACGUUCGGUGAUAGCCUUGAAGGGAACAGCUCCUCUGGAGCCUGGGACCAGUUCGCUGCCAACGAGAAGCUUUUUGGCCUCCAGACGGACUACGAUGAGAACAUGAAAGCUCGAGAAAUCGAGAGGAGUACCGCGGUAACGUCGCACGUGGCUGAGGAGCGCAUUAUGGACUUUGCGGGCGGUGGUGAUCUCAACGGUGACGAGGAGGAUAAAUACUCUGGCGUCAAGCGUCAAGACCCGGCCCCACCAUCGGGUCGUGAAAACAAGUACAUGCCACCGGCCAAACGGGCGCCGACCUCCAAGGCCACUGUCAUUGGCGCGCCCGUCGACCCGGCCAUUAUCUCUUCCCAGCUCAGGGUUUCCCAGCCCAAGAAGGCCGGCCAGCAGGGCGCAACAACGUCACCUGUCCCCACCCCCAAGCCUGCGGAAGAAUCCAAGGCACCCAACGCUCCUGAAAAGGCUCCCACCCCCGGCCAGACCAGACCAAGGGAGAGAAGACAUCUGAAGCGAAGAGCAAGGAUUACGAGGGGAACGACACCCAAAACUGGUGAAGCCACGCCUAGUGCGACCGCAACCGUGGAGCGUGACGUGCUCAACUCUUUUAAGAGCUUCGCGAGAGGCCAGAGGAACCAAGCUGAGCGGGUUCGCAUCGGCAAGGCCAAGGCUGAUAAAGAGGUCAAGCUGACAGAGUUGAAGAACUUUGCAAGCACGUUCAAACUGUCCACGCCUGUCCCCAGUGACUUGAUUAGUAUUAUUGCCAAGGAUCCUGCGAGACAAAAGGAAAUCCAGGCGAAGGCUCUGCAGAAUGCCGAAGAAGUCCUCCGUUCCAAGGAUGUGAAGCCCAAGGAAGUCACGACCAAGGAGACGCCUCCCAAGCAGAGCACCGAGCCCUCCACCCCAGCUCCCGCAGAGCAGAAGCCCGCACCCCGCCCGACCCCUUCUCACACGUCUUCUCAUCCCAACUCCCAACAGAACCGCCACGGCGGUGGGCGUCAAGCGUAUGGAGCCUCCAACUUCAACGGCCAGCAGUUCCGUAACGAUCGCGGAGGCCAACAUCCACCGCAGCCACGGACCACCGGCAACCUCGCCCAGCGUAUCAAGAUGCACCAGACGCCCCAAGUGUCUGUUCAGAUUGACGGUCGUGUCCCUCCCACAGCGCCGACGGGUGGCAACGAUGGCUCUUUCAACCGGCGCCUCAGUGGAACGCCAGGCCAUGCGAACAAGCUCAACCCCAACACGCAAGAAUUUAGGCCCAACGCCUUUGCCCCUAGCUUCAGCCCGGCCAACCCGAGCACAGCCUCUAGCCCCAGGUCCAACGUCACGAGUAAUCUCCCAGACGCCGCAUCAGCGUCGCCGGUUCGACAACUCAUUCGACGCAAGACCAAGGCUGUCGAUUGUAAGAAGUGUGAUAUCCUUGCCCAUGUCAAGACCACAAAGGCUCUAGCGCGGAACGGGGAUGACAAUGCUGGUCUUCGUCCCACGUACGACACGCCCCCGACCUGGAGGCAGCUGUUGGACGAAAAAGAGAAGUCGGAUUCGACCAUGCUCCUCACGUAUAAGCAAUACUUUGAGCGGAACCCGUUCGCUGGGCCUCCCGGUGCCGUCUCCACGCCCAACCCCUCCCACAUCAUGCCCAUGGCCCAUCAGCAUCAACUACCGUUCCAUCUCCAGCACGGAGCGCACAAUAUGCCUGCCCGCCCUCGCCCCAUAUGCCGCCUAUGCAGAUGCAUGUUCCCCCUCAACACACGCCUCAUGUUGGCUACGCGAGUACCAUACGGGCAGCCCGUCAUGCAGCCAUAUGCUCCCACCGCGCCUCACAUGGGCCAGUACCGGAGCUUUUCGAACAAUCCCCAGUACAUGCCGCAACAACCCGGCCAUAUGGGCUCUCCGAUGAUGGUUCAGCACCAAUUCGUUGCGGGACCCCAAGGCAUGAUGAUGGCUCCUCCGCAGAUGCAAAUGUUCCACACCUCUCAGGGCCAGUUCAUCCCUCCCGGGGCCGUCGCCGUCCCUCCCCAACCGAUCACCGGUUCCAACGGAUACCCGAGCCCUGGCCGGCCUGCAGCGCCGCCCAUGUCUCAUCAAGGAUCCGCUCAGGGUCAACCCUACGGUAUGAGCCCCAGUAUGGCUUACCAGCAGCCCGUGUAUACGCCGCAGCAGCCUAGCCCCAUGAACAAUGCGCGAGGUUACGGAAGCCCUGCCGCUCACCACUACGGAAGCAGUCCCCAGCACAUGCAUCACUUUGGUGGUCCGCAGCACAGGGCCGGUAGCAACAACUACGGAAACAAGAACUACAAUGCCCACGGCCAGCAGCAUCAGAUGAACCAAAACAACCACACUGCUCCUUCCGGACCCCAGGCAAGGGCGCCCGACGGCCCUGAGGAAGCGAAAUGA